UGCCACCACAGUGGGUCCUCAGACCUAGCCAGCCCACUAUCACCCCACCCCACCACCCAGACCCAACCACCCUGCCACCACAGUGGGUCCUCAGACCUAGCCACCCCACCAUCACCCCACCCCACCACCCAGACCCAACCACCCUGCCACCACAGUGGGUCCUCAGACCUAGCCACCCCACCAUCACCCCACCUCUCUGUCACCAUGACACACAUGGACUACGAAUACACCCUGUUGGGUUCCUCGAUGGAGGACUACAGGAAGAGACCUCUGAAACCACAGGUGGACGACAGCCCCAUGAGCCUGUUCGCCGUGCUGGAGGUGAAACGUGACCCUCUCUAUCUCCACCGACCCUGGCCCCGGUGCACCCUGGGAUGUGGUACGAGCACCCUGACCUGCUUCAGGAAGGUUAAACUGUACAGCUUCCUGUUCGGCCUCGCCGUCAUGUUCCUCAUCGUGGCAUCCUAUAUCCUCACUGGGGACAAGAAGGGCCUCCUCUUGACCCCGUCCCCGUAUCACUUCUCUACGGUGCCGAACUCGGGGUCCGGGACUGGGCCCUACCCCUUUAAUGUGUCUUCUGCCAAGGACUACGCUACCGUUAAACUGGUGGUGAAGAACAUAGCGUCCAAGGUGGAGUUCAGUACUACCAGACAGCUGCCAGAACGCGAGGCGCUAUUACACAGUGAGCCACAUAUGUUUUCCGUUAUCCCCCACAAGUUUCUUCCCAACGUCAAGAACCCUUGCUGGUACGAGGAGCACACUGGGAAUAUCAGCAGGGACCCUUACAGGACGAACCUUUACGCCCGCUACUCGCGCCGCUUCAGAACCGUGUUUGAGUACCUGAGGAAGGCUUUCCGAGAACACCUGUACCGCCGCGGGGGGAAAUACUACCGCAUUCGCUGCCUGCCUUACUUCUACAUCAUAGGCCAGCCUAAGUGUGGCACCACAGACCUGUACGACAGGCUUCAGCUGCAUCCGGAGGUCAGGUUCACCACCUUCAAAGAGCCUCACUGGUGGACCAGGAAGAGGUUUGGUAUAAUCCGUCUGAGUGAGGGGUUCCAUGACCGUUACCCAGUGGAAGACUAUUUGGAUCUGUUUGACCUGGCAGCCUAUCAGAUCCAAGACAACCUGAUGGGAAACGCCCACUCAGGAGCCCCAGAGCAACACAACAUCAUCAUAGGAGAGGCCAGUGCGUCCACCAUGUGGGACAACAAUGCCUGGGCGUAUUUCUAUGACAACUCGACUGAGGCGGAGGCGGAGCCACCCUUCCUCAUCCAGGACUUUAUCCACACGCUUCAGCCUGACGCAAGGUUCAUCGUCAUGCUCAGAGACCCUGUAGAGAGGUUGUACUCCGACUAUCUCUACUUUGGGAUCACUAAUAAGUCUGCGGAGGAUUUCCAGGACAAGGUGUCCGAGUCUCUCCAGCUGUUUGAAGGGUGCCUGACAGAGUACACCAUGCGCUCCUGUGUGUACAACACUACGCUCAACAACGCCAUGCCAGUCAGGUUGCAGGUGGGCCUGUACAUAGUCUACAUACUAGACUGGUUGACAGUCUACAGUAGAGAACAGAUUCUGGUCCUUCGGCUUGAAGACCACGCCUCCAACAGGAAAUACACAAUGCACAAAGUCUUUGACUUCCUCAACUUGGGUCAGUUGACGGAGCAGAAGGAAGCAGAGAUCACUAAAAGUCCCGCCUCCAACACGCGGCGGCCAGCGGAUAAGAACCUAGGACCCAUGCUCCCCGUAACCAAGGAGAUACUGAGGGACUUCUACACUCCGUUUAACAAGAAACUGGCCAAGGUGCUCCGCAACGACUCCUUCAGAUGGGACAACCAUUCAGAACUCAUAUAAAGACUUGUUUUAAUGGGGAAACCAUUCAGAACUCAUAUAAAGACUUGUUUUAAUGGGGAAACCAUUCAGAACUCAUAUAAAUACUUGUUUUAAUGGGGAAACCAUUCAGUACUCAUAUAAGGACUUGUUUUAAUGGGGAAGCCAUUCAGAACUCAUAUAAAGACUUGUUUUAAUGGGGAAGCCAUUCAGUACUCAUAUAAAGACUUGUUUUAAUGGGGAAGCUAUUCAGUACUCAUAUAAAGACUUGUUUUAAUGGGGAAGCCAUUCAGUACUCAUAUAUCCCAGUCAAUGUCCCAUCUACAAUUUUUGGGGCACUGUGCAAAUUUCAGGUCUGCUGAGCGCAAACUCGAACUUUGUGAAAAUUCUGUGCAACUUCCAGCGUGAGUUCACUGUGAACACUGAGGCUCUACCUGCUUUAAGUUACAGUUUUACUGUGAACACUGAGGCUGUCCCCUCUUUAUGUUACAGUUUUACUGUGAACACUGAGGCUCUACCUGCUUUAUGUUACAGUUUUAAUAGUGGCCAAGUAGGCUGCUGUGGGUACUUACUGUGGGUAUCAUAAUGUAGGUCUACCUUCAAAAAACAAUGGAGAAAAUGCAUCCCAUAAUAUGUUAACAUGGAAAUGAGCUGUUCUAUCAUUCAGCCUACAGUAGCAGCCAAUGUGUGGUGUUCAAUGCAGAUCUACAUUCCAUCAGACUUUGGAAGGAAAGAAAACAGGCAGUAUUGGACAUCAACCUGUUGAUCCAUUUGUCCUUCAGACAUGGAGGUGACUGAACAUGUUGUGUUGUUUGAUGCAAGAAACCACUUCACAAAAUAAAAUCCAUUAUUCUUCCCUUA